GGGUAGGAGGUAGGAGUUAACCUAACCUCAUUCCGCAUGUAAUCAUUUAAUAUAACCUCAAAAUUUUUCAAUAAAAAAUAACAGAAGCAAAAUGAAUUAGGCAAUGAAUUACUUUCUCAUAAAUUUACAUAAUGAAAUUCCGAUUCUGUGGAAACUCAGAUUGUCCUGAUUGGGUAUUGGCUAUUAUUAUAAAUAAUCUGGCAAAAUUGUCUUCUGCUAAGUUGAAACUUCUAUCUCAAAUCGUAGCGGAUGGAAUUAUUAAGCCCCCCCUUGAAAUUGAAGAAGCUGAAAAAUUAUUUUCAGAGUCGAAAUUAGACUCUGAUUUAGAAUUGAAGGCUUGUAUAGCUUGUCUGAGGUUCAUUAUAUUCUCAACGUGCAAAUUUCAAUGUGAAACAAGUGCACUAUUCAGUGAAUUACAACAACUAGGUUUGCCUCGAGAGCAUAGCUCUUCAUUGAAGAAGGUGGUUGACGAGAAGCAAGAUGCCAUAUUGAAGAUUUUGAAAGCGUCUGGUUUGAAGGUGAAUCCUUUGGAAUCAGUAAGUGUUGAAGUAGCCAAAGAGAGCAGUGCAAUUAUAAUGAAUGUACAAGUCAAUGGCCAAACAGAACAAUGCACAAUCGCAAAGGAAACAGUUAGUGUUUUAUUGAAGAAUCUGAAGGAAUCUAAGAUGAGGAUGGAAGAAUUGAAAGGAUACAAUCAGAAAAUACUGCAGUUAUAAAUGCAAUUCUGAAAUUUAUUCGUUGUACAGAAUUAUUGACCAUUCUCAAUGUACUCGCUGUUUUUAUACAACUUAUACAAGUACAAUCAAUAAACCUCUUUUAUAAUAAA